GCGGCUCGUGCCCCGGAAGCAGUUGUUCCGCUAGCUCUUGAGGCCGGCCUGGGACAGAGUCCCGGGACCGACGCCAUGCUGCUUUCGGCCGUCUCUUUUGCCAAGAGCAAGUCAAAGACCAUUCUGGUGAGGCUGGUGAGCCAAGCUGGGACAGGUUUCUCCUUCAACCACAAGAGAAGCCGACUCCGAGAAAAGCUGACUCUUCUGCAUUAUGAUCCAAUCGGUCCUAAGUCAACCCCUAGCACAGCCCUGCAGCCACAGACCAACCAGAUCGGAAGAGAAGAGUUAGGACCUCUCCUGCCGUCGGCCCAGCAUUCAGAGCUCCGCUGAUGUCCUUGUUCUGCCUCUUAGCUAUUUUUAUUUAUGGUUUCAGUAUGGCACACAGUGGGCGGAUGCUGCCCUGCGCUGUGGCCCUGUGACCCGAGCCUCUGCGUCCAGGUGUCCCUGUGCUUGAGGGAGUAAGCUCUGACUUCUCCCUGAGGUCUGACUUUUUUAUCCCUCUUUUCUUUUUUAAUUUUGAAACAGGGUCUCAUUGUAUGUCCUUGGCUGGCCUGGGACUCAGAUCCACCUGCCUCUGUCUCCCUUUGGGAUUACAAUGCCCAAUCUGUUUCUGUUUUUUUGGGUGGGGUGGGGUAGGGAGCAUCAUGUCCCGUGUAGCCCAAGGUGGCCUUGAACUUGAACUCCUGUUCCUGCCGUCAGAGUGCUGGGAUUAUAGGCAUUCACCACAUUUGCUCUGAUCUCCAGGUCUCCAGGUUCGUAAGCGUUACUGGGUUUUCACAUGCUCAUCACAUUUAAUACAGGGUACACUACUGUAUUAAAUUAGGGUCUCUAUAUAAACUGCAGUGCUUGCCACUGCCCUGUGCACUUAACUCUUAAUUAAAGGAAUAAAUACAGAGAAUAAAGGAAUUUUAAUGUUUAAAGCCUUGUUCUAUUUGUUGCUGUUUUUUGAGACAGAGUCUCUGUGUAUCACUGGCUGGCCUGGAACUUGGUAUUAGACCAGGCUGGCCUGGAACCCACAGAGAUCCACCUCCUCCCGCCCCGCCCCCGCCCCGAGUGCUGGGAUUACAGGUGUGUACACCUUGACCAGUUUAAGGCCUGUCUAAUAAUCAGUGACUUCUGGACAUGGCCAUUUAAUAACUCCUGAUUGCUUCUCAGAGCAUGAAGAUAUUCUCUCAUGUCAGUGAUUCGAACUAUGUGAACAGUACCCCUUAUAUAAUGUCUGUGUAUUUUAUUAAUUUAGUGCAUUUCUCUCGACUGGUUAAUGGUGCUUAAGUUCAGCUGUCUAGAGAAUUAAAAAAAAAUAGUUGAAUUCCUGCUUCUGAACUGGAAUUAGGAUAGAGGUGAGAUUUUUAUUUCAUUAUUUUGUUUUUGUAAGGGUGAUUUGGCUGCCUGUAUGUCCAUGUAACACGAGUGUACCUGGUGUUUGCAGAGACUAGAGGAGGAUGUCAGAUGUCCUGGAACUGGAGUUAUGGAUGGUUGUUAGCUAGCAUGUAGGUGCUGGGAAUUGAACCUGGGUCCUUUGCAAAGGCAACCAGUGCUCAUAACCACUGAGCUUUUCUUCUGCCUGCAGCAAUGUAUUUUAAUAAGUUCUCUAGCUAAUUCUUAAUCAUGGUUUGGAAAUUUAAUAAGGGAUAUAUCCAUUUUCAUUGUAGAAGAAGAGAAAAAAAAAGUUGAAAUGCCUGUAUGGUCAGGAUCAGUGAGGAGUUGUGAGGUCGCACGGUCUUUUGGCCUCCUGGGUUUCCUUUGGCUAUCUAUCUUGUUUUCUGGUAAAAGAGAAUCAGGUCAGGCGUGUGUGUGUGUGUGUGUGUGUGUGUGUGUGUGUGUGUGUGUGUGUGUGUGUGUAUGUGUGUGUAUGUGUAUGUGUAUGUAUGGUAGGGUUGCCUGGAGGCUGGUGGUGGAUUUUAGGACACUGGGGCCUGUGAAAGCCUCAUUGGUGUGUGUGUGUGUGUGUGUGUGUGUGUGUGUGUGUGUGUGUGUGUGUGGUAGGGUUGCCUGGAGGCUGGUGGUGGAUUUUAGGACACGGGGGGCCUAUGAAAGCCUCGUCUCUCACCAAGGCAGGCAGGUAGCACUUUUGUUUUGGGGACCUACUCUGUGAAUUACAGUAUUGAGGUUUGGCUCUAGUGCCGCAUUGUUGAUCUGGACCAUUCCUAUUUGGGUGUGCAGCCGUCUCUACACAGUAGAGGUGUGUGGAAUUUGCCCUCCCUUCUGACUACGUUCCUCUGUGGACUGCUCAGCUCUCAGUGCUGUUCUGGAGCCCUGUGCCCGGCCAGUUGUUGCUUACCCACUAUGAGAGUGGACCCUGAGUCAGAGUUUGCCACGUUUAUCCCCAGUAUCUCACAGUGAUUGAGAUAAUGACUUCGCGGCCUGUCAGGACAGUGCUCAUUGGCUGGUGACCUUCCCUGGGCUUCUUCCCCGUUUCUGUCUGUCUUCUCUGGCCUCAGCUGGGUUUGACAUCGCUCAUCCUCAUGUCAAAGGAAUAGUAACACAAGGGAAAAGGAGAGGACUGGGGCAUGAUUGAUGUGUGUGUGGAUGAAAUGAUGGCACUUCCUAGUUUUCUGCUACAACCCCUUUUUCUUGCCUCGCAGUGAACAAAAAAGUUCUCUUCGUG